CGCACGUGGCUAGUUGCGACUUUUUCCGUCUCGCCGUUGGCCGUUCUUUCAUCGCCUCCCGCCAUCGUCGUUUCAUUCAUCCGAAUCGUCUGAUCUCAUUCCACACUUGAUUCCUUGUUCUUUCGCAAUGUCAUCGAUACUUAUUUCUUCGUUUUACAAGCUACUUUAAACACAGGAGCAAUGUUUACAACAACGGAUUCGUUUUUUCAACGGAGGGCUUGGCGCUAAAUCGGACUCUUAACGUGUGAUUCGUGUUCAUGGUUAAAUAAUAUCAAAAAAGUGAUACACAUUAACGCUUGAAUUUCUGAGGCACACGCGUUUUGAGUGUCAAGAAAAUCCUAAAAAUUUGACUGCGUCGUUUGUGGAGAACUGUGUGAAACUUUGCCGCUAAAAACGGGACGCUUGAAUUUCUGAGGCACACGCAUUUUGAAUGUCAAGAAAAUCCUAUUAAUCUGACUGCGUCGUUUGUGGAGAACUGUGUGAAACUUUGCCGCUAAAAACGGGAUCUCGUAUUUUACUAAAUUACCGUUUUUCAGGGGCCCACUUGAUUUGAAUUUUGCAGACCUCGUAAAACCUUGAUGGUACAGCAGACACUGCGUCGCUUGUGAGAACCUGUGACAACCCAAAUGUGUUUUGUGAUCAUGGAAUCCUCUCUGCCACAAUUCCAAACGCCACAUUUGCGUAAUUGCUCGCCGAUCUCACAUGUUCCGAGGAUGAUUUUUAUAUGCAUUUGAUGGUACUGAUUUCAGUGUCGAAUCCAAACCCGCCGACUUUAACUUAAACGUCCAAAGAUGCCCUUCGAACGUCAAACACAAUCUUAACAUCAAACCCAAGUGUAAAAGUCGAGAGACAUCGACGUAAAGCCACAAACUGUUGGAUUCGAAUUCCAAAUAGUGUUAGUUCUCGACGCUGAUAAUCGAAUUCAGGAAUUUUACGCGCACCCGCCGAGGAGCGGUUAGAGUGCUGUGGAAACUUGGUCAAAGAUGGGGGUGUUAUUGCCGAGUUAAGGGUUCUUUUUCUUCCUGUCUUUUUUAUUUUGAGUGAGCGCGAAAUAAGAUGGGCUGUAGUGGGAGUUCCCCGUUAGUGCCGUCGCACAACGCUCCGACGUCGAACGGGAUGCGAGGCGAGCCCCCCGGCUACGAUCUGCACCCGCCGUCGUCGACCAACAACAACGGGUUCCUGAACACGGCCAAGAGCUCCUGGGUAGGGCUCGGCGAUAACGUGGAGGACACCAUCAACCAGGCCGCCGAGGGCGUUAAGCAAACCUUCAGCACCAAAUUCCACGAGGCUGAAGAAAAACUGGAGGAUACAGUGACGGCUCUCCGAAAAGAUAUAGCGGACGCAAUAUCCGGCAGGAAAGAGGAACUGGAUGAUUUCCAAGACAGGAUCAAAACUGACGCCUCAGGACUGGACGGUGAGGCUCGCGACAUGAUAGAUUCUCUGAACAACACCACCGAAUCGCUGAACUCUCCUUUCGUAGAAAAAAUUAAGGACGAAGAGAAAGCUCCCGAAGACUACAUGCCGCGGGACGAAGCAGACGAGACGGACAUGGACGAAUCAUUUCAACGAGGGAACGACAUGGGAGGCGAAGAGAGUGGAACAACUACGGAUGAAUAUGGAAUGAGUAGCCCGCCUGAUAUGCAGAACGAAGGAGACAAAAAAACCGAAUCCAACGACAUGUAUUAAAAUUCCCUUUUUCGUGCUCUGGACCAUACUAGUCUUAUUCAUAACAAUAGAAGAUCGGUGAAAAACCAAGUCAUUCAACCAUGGGCGUAACUAGACAUUUUUUAUGAGGGGUGGGGGAGGGGGAUGACCCACUCUUUAGAGGAGUCAGAGCUGAGCUGAUGUGGAGCGACUACAUCCCAAGUGGCACAGGUUGCACUGAAUUGCGAUUUACAGUACAGGGUGAAUUAUUGCCCCUGCAUCGGAGCGUUGCUUUGUCGGGUAUGUUGCCCAUCUACUAACUGAGGGGGCUCCUCUUAGCGGAAAGUAUCGCAAUAAAACUAAAAAAAAAGGUUUCUAUCUCUCUUUGCAUUGCAAAUUGCCUAUCUUUCUAAUAGAUACGAGG